UUAUGAUUAGAAAUGUGCUGAAGAAAAUCUCUCAGAUUAACAUAAAAUGUGUAAAAAAAAUCUAAAAGAAAUCAAAUUUAACAGGAGGGCUAAUAGGGUAUAUGCCGAGCUAAUGUUGUUCCCAUGCUGAUAAAUGUCCGGUGACCUGUUAUUGUGAGUUUUUUUUUCCAUUUUAUACAGUUCUUUUUACAGCAUCGAUGUUGUAAUGUAAUUAAAAUACAAUCAGUUAAAUAGACUUUGGCAUUCAUUUAGUUGCUCAAGCGUAAAACGAGACAAAACGCCAUUCACUCCCACGCGUCCAUAGAUAUAUACAUUAGAUAUCGCCUACCCUUUUGUUGUCUAUUGGAAGGAAUGCGUCAAUAGAGCUGCCAUUUUAGUACAGGGUAGCGCUCCUUUGAAAUGAAUGCGGGACUAAGCUGCAGUGGAGGACUGUGGCUAUCCAGAGCCAGAGAAAUACACAUAUAUCUAAGAUCAGGAGUUUUCCCGGAGUUCAGUAUGCAAUUAUUUUUUUUUAUUACAAAACAUAUAAUUUUACUUCACUUUUCUACAUUGAUGGAUAAGUGUUUGUGUGUAUGGAAAUGUACUAUACACCCUCUGUUCAAUCUGAUCUUAUCUGUGUCCUGAAACACACCGCCUUCUGCUUUCACUUCUCAUACUGACGGAGGGAGCAAUUCGUUGAAUCAAUAAAUGAAUCUACAUUAUGAACGACUCCUUCACUUGCCGAUAAUAAUACAAGUUUCCGGCACCGCAGCAUCUCGUUGUCAUAUUUCUUUUGCUUUGUUUGCUGAUAUUAUUCAACAAAACUAGCAUAAGCCGAGUGUUUAGUGCGAGCUGGUGCUACUUUGCCUUAUGGUGAAUGCAGUAGGCGACUGUAUUAUCAUCAAUAACGUUACCUGUUUAGAACAAAAACAAGAUCUUACCUAUGAAAUGUUCUGCUUUUGUGCUUUGUUUUCUUUGUUUGCUCGUUGCUACACCUGUACACAGCUCUAAAGUGCAGCAUCUUCAUGUUGGCACACUGUCUUGACUAGUGCGGUUGAAUGACACUUGUCCUGGGAGCACUGUACAAAUAUGGCGGAGCUAUUGACGCAUGCUCAGGGUCCGUAUGCGAUAUCUAGUUUAUAUAUCUACGGCACGUGUCUGUCAGAAUCAGAAGGCUAGCACAGAAGCUCCAUUUGAAAAUACUGGGGUAAAAUAAAUGUUUAUAUUAUAAAGACAUGGCAGGGGAAAAUGUUAUUUAAUGCAGGGCUUCUUGUACAAUCUGAGACCCACUUUAUAUCGGAUAUCACUCAACCCGUGGAGAUCCCUGAUUUUUAAAGAAAACAGACAUUGAAUGCGCAGAUUUUGUAAUGGCAUACAAUUCAUCGAAAGCGCUAAACCCAGGUUACUGGCAAAUUAAAAGUCCUAUUAGUAUACUUCGGCUUAUACCCUAUUCAACUGUGUGUCUGUGUGCAGGACUGAUGGAGGUGUGUGGCGAGCCUCUGAUCCGGGCUGCUCCUGAACCCCUGCGGGACGAGCGCAUCCAGACCGCAGAACUGCUCUGUGCUGAUCUGGACCUGUCUGUCUCUCUCACCCCCGAGCGGCCAGCAGACAGACGCCGGCGACAGGUGCGUUUUAAUGUGGAUCCGGUGCUCAUCACAGUGAACCCAGAACCCAGAACAGAUCAACCCACAGCCCGGAAACCUCAGAAUAAAGACAAGCACGGUGUUGAUUCAGAUAGGGGGCAGAGCAGAGGAUGUGAUGGACAGCUGACAGAUGGGGCGGAGCUAAACACCACCCUGGCACUGAGGGCGGAGCUUGAGGAGGAGGCGGAGCAAACGUUUGACGCUGAGAAAGCAGUUCGGGAGAAAUUACAGAGUUCAACGCUCACAAAGAACCACGUCAACAGCAAAGCAGCAGAAGGUCUGAAUUUCCCUCGCUCUCAGCAGCUGUACCGGGCCUUAGUCAGCGUCAGCCUAUCACGCGAUCAGCUCAUCAGCCAGGCCCUCCAGGAUAGGCCAGCGCUGGCCCCGCCCACCACCAGCCAGACCAAUAAGUUCUCAUCUCCGCCACCAGAGGGCCCUGAUAUACUGCAGUUCUACAAUCCUGACACGAUGCUCAGAGAGACUCCACUGUUGCCAGGCGACAGCAUCCCUUUGCCCCGCCCACGGCCUGUACCUAGACCCGCCCACACAACCUUUCACCUACAUCGCCUGCACAAGCUGUGGGAAUCAUGAACUUGUGAGUGUGUGUGUGUGUGUGUGUGUGGAAAGGACAAUGUUUUGAUUGAUCGAUAAUCUUUGUGUGUGUGUGUGUGUUUUGUAAGCUUUAAUGUGCAUUAUUGUAUCGUUUUCAGCCGAAUGUGAAUUUAAUAUAAAAGCAAUAAAUAUUUGGUUUUGUAA